UCCGGCAGACGAAAGCAUGGCGAGCAGGGAGGAACGAAGGGAGUGCGAGACGGAGAGCUGCAGCAAAGAUGCCAAACUUCAGUGUCCCACAUGUAUCAAGCUUGGCAUUCAAGGCUCCUACUUCUGUUCCCAGGAAUGUUUCAAGGGGAGCUGGGCAUCUCACAAGUUGCUGCACAAAAAAGCAAAGGAAGACAAGAACCAGAAUGAAUGUAAGAACUGUGUGGAGAAAGACAUCAACACAGAACCAUGGCCUGGGUACCGCUAUACGGGGAAACUUCGCCCUUACUACCCAUUGACACCUUUACGGCCUGUACCCAAUGAAAUCCAAAGACCUGACUAUGCUGAUCAUCCAAGAGGUAUGUCUGAAUCUGAACAGUUUCUGAAGGGAACAUCACAGAUCAAGAUCCUCCCUCCUGAGGACAUCGAAGGCAUGAGAGUUGUAUGCAAGCUGGCACGAGAAGUUCUGGAUAUUGCAGCUAUAAUGGUGAAACCUGGUGUUACAACAGAAGAAAUUGACCAUGCCGUACAUCUGGCUUGUAUUACAAGAAACUGCUACCCUUCUCCUCUUAACUAUUACAACUUCCCCAAAUCUUGCUGCACAUCUGUCAAUGAAGUCAUCUGCCAUGGAAUCCCAGACAGAAGACCACUACAAGAUGGUGAUAUGCUUAAUGUGGACAUCACCGUCUACCACAAUGGUUUCCAUGGUGACCUUAAUGAGACCUUUUAUGUUGGGGAGGUGGAUGAAGGAGCAAAGAAACUGGUUCAGACUACAUAUGAAUGCCUUAUGCAAGCCAUAGACUCUGUAAAGCCUGGUGUCCGCUACAGAGAGCUUGGUAACAUAAUCCAGAAGCACGCGCAAGCUAAUAGCUUCUCUGUGGUGCGGAGCUACUGUGGCCAUGGCAUCCACAGGCUUUUCCAUACUGCUCCAAAUGUGCCACAUUAUGCCAAAAACAAAGCAGUUGGUGUUAUGAAGCCAGGUCAUGUGUUUACCAUUGAGCCCAUGAUAUGUGAAGGUGGCUGGCAAGACGAGACUUGGCCUGACGGCUGGACUGCAGUUACCAGGGAUGGAAAGCGCUCGGCUCAAUUCGAACACACCCUUCUGGUCACCGACACAGGCUGCGAGAUCCUCACCCGCCGCCUCGAAGACAACGGCCAAGCUCAUUUUCUAAGCCAAAUGUAGGCUGGACUGGAGCAUGCGGAUGAAAGACUGGACUAAGUAGACGUAAUGACAUCUAGCAUUUAUGGGUUUUAUGUACAUGCUUGCACAUGUUCACAAGAGAAUACUGAUGCUGGAGAUCGGUGUCGCAGUGGUCUCAUGUUCUUUCAAUUAAAUAUCACCUCUGAAAUGACAUAAAUACUUGAAUGUCUCAUAUGGGCUUUGAUUUGACAAUGAAGUGGUUUUUUUCUCUGAAGGAAAUAUUUAAAUAUUUAUGAAAAAGGGAGUUGCUCAGUCAUCAGAUUUGGCACAAUUUAUAAGGAUGAAAGUGAGCUGGAUAGGAGGGAUGGAGAUUCCUGAAAUCAUCAAUAGCACUAUGUGUGUACAAAACAAACAAUUUUCUCAAGUUCAUGUAAGUUUUCAAAUUUGAAGGAAUGUUUUGUGGUAUACUAAGAAUGCUUAAAGUUUUAUUAGUUUAGCCAUCUCCUUUUAUGCCUCAGCUCAAAAUCUAUUUCGAAACUCAAAUUGAGUUCAACCAUAUUAAACUUUCUCCUGGUGGAAAAAAAA